AUGUCGUCGAUUCCGAGGCCGUCUCUCCGGAUAGCAGUCGUGGGCGCUGGCCCUGCGGGCCUCUGUGCCGCAACAGCGCUUCGGCAAGAAGGGCAUAUUGUCACCGUCAUUGAGAGGCAGAGGUCUCUCCAACGUCGCGGGAACGCACUUGUAAUACAGCCAGCAGCUGUUAAAGCCCUGGGAAGCAUCAAGGGAGCGCAUGAAGCACUCAGUCGUGUUAGCGUCGCGAACAAACAGCUGUGGUGGUGGUCAUACAAAGACAGCGAGCCCUUGGCGAUCACACAAGCCGUGGAGAAGAGGUUUGACACCGAUCGCCCGUCUGUGCAGAGGGUCAUGCAUAGUCUUGCGAUAGAGUGCGGCGUUGAAGUUCUUUUUGGCAGAAAUAUCGUGUCAAUCACUGAUCAUCCGGUUCAGCCUGUGAUCACAACUAGCGACGGUGACAGCAUCUCAGCUGAUUUAAUUAUAGGCGCAGAUGGAAUCAAAUCGGCAAUACGAAAGCAGAUAUUUCCAGGCGUUGAUGUUGACCCCAUCACCACCAGAGAAGCCAUCUUCCUCUCGUCGCUGCCGGGUUCCGUCAUCCGGGGAAACAAACAGCUUGCUGAUCGCUUCGCUCCUGGAAUAACUCACGGAACAAUGGGCCCUGGCAGAUUUACACUGAGCCGGUGGCUAAACGACGACAUCUUUGGCGUACAGUUUGUCGACGUGGACCACGGCGAGCCGUCCGCUGUCGACAGCAACUGGAACACGCCCGCGGACGUGGGAGAACUGCGCCGCCUAUUUUCCGAUUUCAACUCGUCCACGCGACUGCUGCUAGACAAUAUUCAAACUGCCGAACGGUGGCAGAUUGCGACAGGCGCGAAGCUGGAGACCUGGCGCAGCAGGAACGGGCGCAUCGUCUUACUGGGGGACGCGGCGCACGCCAUGAUUCCACAUGCGGCGCAGGGCCUGAGCCAGGGUAUCGAAGACGGCGUCAGUCUCGCUCGUAUGCUUCGAAACACUGAAGCCUGUGGUAUAUCACGAGCAAUCGAUGCUUGGGUGAAGCUGCGCAAGCCUCGCGCCGAGCUAUUCGCGCAACGGUCGUUGAACAAUGCCGUGCUGCGCAGCCUUCCCGAUGGUCCCCAACAAGAGCUCCGUGACCAGAAGAUUAAGCAACUGACUAAACAGGCCAGUCAGGACACUGCAAAUGUGGUGAUGGACAUGCACGCAGAGCAAAACAGUCCGCCGUUUCAAAAAUGGAUGAAGGAAUAUGACGUCGUAAAUGAGGUAGGCCGUUACACUGCCACUAAUGUAUUAAUAAUUAGAUUAAUAAAAACUAGCUAA